ACCUAACGACUAACGUACGCUGCGAAGUGCAAAGUCCCAUCGUCCAUAACACUCCAAUACCUAAAAAACCAAAAAAGCUUCUUCUGUUUUCUUUUCCGAAUCCAGAUACGGAAAGGGGCGCACACACCACCAUUGUCUCCGUUGUCUGAUUCUUCUUUCCAACUGAAAAUCGAAUCGAAUUUCAUACUUUUUUUCCUUUUUAAUCGGUUUCAGAAUCAAUCCAUUACAGUGAUGUGGCUGGUUUCAUUCUCUCUUUUAGUGAUGCCUUCAAGAAUCAAGAAAUUAGGGUUUCAAAUCGAGUUCUGUAAUUUGAGUUUCUGAGAUCGAACACACUCUUUUGCUACUUUGCUUCGUGGUUGCGCAGAGGUAGGUUUGGAGAAAAAAUUGGUAUUCUAGUUUUUUGGAUAAGGAAAAGUCAUCUUUUGUAUACUAAUAUGGAUUUUAAUUUCAAAUGUUGUCCGUUUUCGAAAAAUUCAACGGGUUGGGGUUUAACGAUUUUUAUAUUUCCUGAAAUUCGCCUAUUGCUGGGAAAGGUCAAAGGUAAAUUGUUGAUGGUGUUGUAGGGAAGAAAACGAAGGGGCCCUACCUCAGUUUCUAUAAACUGGAGGAGCAUUCGAGAUGUUAGUUUUGAAUCGCAGCGGCAUCAAUUUCAUUAGCUGUUUAUUUCCGUUGUGUGAAUGGCAUCCUUUAGAAUAGCCAAGGUGGUUGGGGUUUGAUACCCUUUCUCCCUCCCAUUCCCAAAUCAGGUAUUUGUGUAUUUUCUCUGAUAUUCUUACAGUUUAAUAUUACACACCUUCAACCUCCAAAAGAGGUGCCCAUUUUUAACAAUUCACAGUUUUUUUAUCUUUAUUUAAUUCCCAAACUUGAAGUUCUUCAUUAGUACAGACUAUGACACCAAUUCUGGUUUAAUUAUAUUUUCUCUAUUUUUGUGUGUGUUUCCAACGGAUUGAGUGAACAUUUGUAUUCCGCAAACCACUGAUUAAGAUUUUCUUUUGUUUUCAUGAUUCAGGGAUUUUUUUUUUUUUUUUUUUUUUUUUUUUCUGUUCUCGUUAUCCCCAAAGUUGUUGAAAUUCCUAAUGUUUUGGAAAAAUCAUAUUGGCAGGGCCUCAGAAAUGGGGUGCUGUAGUUGCUUUGGGUUCCUUAGGAAGCCCAAAAGUACCCUGAGGCCUGCCCCUCGCUUGGGCAGUCAUUUAUCUCAAGACUUUUUGCUCGAAGAUGAUGAUGUUGAUGGUGCUAUAUAUAAUGGUGAAGAAACUAACCUCCUUCAUGGAGGUGAUGGCGAAUUGCAGAGUCCUAGUAAGCGUUCUGAAGAGAUUAUCAUGCUUAGACUCCAAAGUGGAAAGAUUUGCAGGGAAGUACCCGUGAAGGAAACUCAUCAUCUCAUUCGCUCAGAGGAUGACAAUGGAAACAAGAUGAUUAAUGAAUAUGUACGUGUGUGUAAGAUUGGUUCUGGAAGCUAUGGGAAAGUGGUUUUAUACCAAAGCAGUGUUGAUGGAAAGCGUUAUGCCAUAAAGGCUUUCCACAAGUCUCAUUUGUCAAAGCUGCGAGUUGCACCAUCAGAGACUGCAAUGACUGAUGUUCUUAGGGAGAAUAUUGUGCAUGGAGACAUCAAACCUGAUAAUCUCUUGGUUACGAGUACUGGUACAGUGAAGAUAGGAGACUUUAGUGUCAGCCAGGUGUUUGAGGAUGAUAAUGAUGAGCUCCGACGGUCUCCUGGGACUCCUGUAUUUACUGCACCUGAGUGUUGUUUAGGUUUAACCUACCAUGGUAAAGCGGCAGAUACAUGGGCUGUUGGUGUCACUUUGUACUGUAUGGUUCUGGGUCAAUACCCCUUUCUUGGAGACACACUGCAAGAUACAUAUGACAAGAUUGUUAAUAAUGCUUUGUUGAUCCCGGAGGCCAUCAACCCACAGCUAAAGAACUUAAUGGAAGGAAUUCUCUGCAAAGAUCCGAAACAGAGGCUUAGUUUGGAUGCUGUUGCACAACAUCCUUGGGUGGUUGGCAACGAAGAACCUAUCCCUCAGUAUCUCUGCCGGUGCAAGCGUGAAAGCUCUCCACUGGAAGAAUCUAGUGACAAAGUAAAUGGUGAUUAUUAUGACCAGCACUAACUGAAGUGUGAUACUGGUGAUGGUUGUUUGUACAGUAAAGCCGAGGAUAUUUACUUCGGGAACUCUAUCCCUUGCGGGGUGGUUUUU